AUGAAGCUAGCAGAGUUAAUGAGGGAUAUCAAACAACGUAACUACUUUGGACAAGCUGUUGGCGCCAUUUACACAGUUGAAUUCCAAAAAAGAGGCCUACCUCAUGUUCACAUCAUCAUAUGGUUGCACCAAAAUGACAAAUUCCCAGCAUCUGAUGAUAUCAACAGAAUCAUUUCUGCGGAGAUUCCCGAUUGCAGAAAAGAACCCGAUUUGUUCAAUGUUGUGUCACGAUUUAUGUUCCAUGGCCCUUGCGGUUUGGCAAAUCCUAAGGCACCAUGUAUGAAGAAUGGAAAAUGCUCCAAGCACUUCCCUAGAAGAUGUUGCAAUGAGACUAUUAUCGGUGAAGAUGAUUUUGCAAUUUAUAGGAGACGCAAUGACGGUAAAACUGUAAUGAAGCAAGGAGUACCACUUGAUAAUAGGUUUAUUGUCCCCUAUAACAAAGGUCUUUUGCUGAAAUAUCAAGGCCAUAUCAAUGUGGAAUGGUGCAACCAGUCCAAAUCCAUAAAACAUCUAUUUAAAUAUAUUAAUAAAGGCCCAGAUAGGACACGAGCUCUUCUCCAAGAAAAUGCUGAUGCUAUUUCACCAAUUAAUUCAGAGGUAGUUGAUGAAAUAAAGAUAUAUAUAGACUACAGGUAUCUAUGUGCCUAUGAGUCUGCUUGGAGGAUAUUUGAGUUUGAGAUACAUUGUAAGUAUCCUGUUGUGCAAAAUCUCACCAUACACUUACCUCAAAUGAAUAACAUUGUCUUUCGGGGAGAUAUGAAUAUUACUGAAGUCCUCCAUCAACCUGGUCUAGAGAAAACGAUGUUGACAGAGUGGAUGUUCACAAACACUAUCUCUCCUGAUGCCUGUCAAUUAACAUACAUUGAAUUCCCUUCAUUUUGGAGGUGGGAUGGAACAAAUAAAAUCUGGUUGCGCAGGCAAAGAGGACAUUCAAUCGGCCGCAUAUCCUACGUUCACCCUUCUGCGGGAGAAAUUUAUUAUCUGCGGAUGCAGCUUGCUUAUGUCAAAGGAGCAACUAAUUUUAGUGAUAUAAGAACUGUGAAUGGAACAACAUACAACACAUUUAAGGAAGCAUGCAAUGCAAUGGGACUAACUGGAAAUGAUCGAGAAUGGCAUGAUUCCCUUCACGAAGCUGCCAAUUGGGCUACUUCUCAUGAACUCGGGACUCUUUUUGUGACAUUAAUUAUGUUUUGUGAAGUUGUUGAUUCAAAAAGGUUAUUCGGUGCACAUCUCAACAAUUUCCAGGAUGACAUCAUUUACAAGCUCCAGAAUAGAUUUGCCAUGGGUCCUUCAACAAUAUCACCUUCACACAUCAGAGAUCAACAACUCAGCAACACUAUGUUAAGAGAAGAACUGACUUAUGACAUAAAUGAACUACUCCUUUGUGCUAACAAUAUGGAGCAGCAGCUCAACAUCGAACAAAGGAACAUAUAUGAUGCAAUUUUAAAUGCAGUAUAUGCUGAAAAAAGAGGUUUCUUUUUCCUUUAUGGUCAUGGAGGAACUGGCAAAACCUUUGUGUACAAAGCUAUUAUUAGUCGUUUGCGUUCAGCAGGAAGAACUGUUCUUGCCGUUGCAUCUUCUGGAAUAGCUUCUUUGUUGCUACCUGGAGGUCGAGCAGCUCAUUCACGAUUUAAAAUACCAAUAAAUAUCCAUGACCACUCAACAUGCCAUAUGAAAAAAGGGACCCAACUUGCUGAUCUCUUGGAGAAAACAAGUCUCAUAGUAUGGGAUGAAGCACCUAUGGCACACCGUAAUUGCUUCGAAGCACUCGAUAGGUCAUUAAAUGACAUUCUAGAUAUUGAUGAAUUAGAUGGCACAUAUCGACCUUUUGAAGGAAAGGUUGUUUUGCUUGGUGGUGAUUUUAGACAAAUCCUUCCAAUGGUCCUAAAGGUUCCAGCAAAGGGUUUAAGCAAUGAAGAGAAACUACAAUUGGCCUCCUUUUCUGAGUGGCUCUUGGAUGUUGGAGAGGGCAAAAUUGAAGCAACCAAAAUGGAUGAGGAAGAAGAUUAUCCAACGUGGAUUAAGGUGCCAGAUCAUCUUCAAGUACAUUAUGAAAUAGGAGAUAUAGAGGCUAUCACAUCUGACGUUUAUGAUAACUUAUCAUCAAUGUACUCUGACCCACUAUACUUAAAGCAAAGAGCUAUUAUAACAGGCACAAAUGCAGCAGUGGAUGAGUUAAAUUGUCAUGUAUUGUCAUUGAUACCAACUGAACAAAGAAUAUAUCUUAGCUAUGAUUACAUUUCUAAUGAUGACAAUGCAUCAGAUGAUAUGGAUGUUCUUUAUCCACCAGAAUUCUUAAAUUCUCUAACAUUCAAUGGAGUCCCAAAUCAUGAACUUCAGUUGAAAAUACAUUCGCCCGUGAUGCUGUUAAGAAACCUCAAUCAGAAUAGUGGAUUAUGCAAUGGAACAAGGCUAAUAAUCUCAAGACUGGGUGAAAGAGUUGUAGAAGCCAAUAUUAUUUCAGGUACCCAUAUAGGCAACAGGGUAUACAUUCCAAGGAUAAUAAUGACAGCUACAGAAGCAAAAUGA